GCCAGGAUAUAUAUCUAAAAAAGCAGAUAGCAUCAAACAUUGCCGAACUGCGAACGCUAACUCAUAGUUGAUUUCUUCUCAAAAGUGUAUUUGAUAGUUUAUAAGAAGCUGUUAUUCUAAGACAUUAAACGUUUCACUAUACAUUUGUAUUUUUAAGACUUUUUAAAGUAAACAUAUAUAAAACGAUGUAUAAUGUAAUGGGAAGUGCAAUGAAAAGUCUCUGUUUUUUAUCAUUAUGUGUUUUAGUGGUGAAUGCAAAACGGAGAGACAGAUUUGAUAUAAUCGAAAAAAGAAUGAGCGUUGUUGAAUCACGAGUAAGUGCUGACAAGGAACUGGCAAAAGAUAUGUUUGUGUCAUUGCAACAAGAUUUCGAUGAACUUAACAAUUCUAUGAUAAAUUUCAAGGAUCAAAUGUGUCCCACACUGCAUCAACAGACAGGAAAAGAGAAGCAGACUAGUUCUACAAAACGUGCUGAACUUCUAAAGUCAAGCCGAAUACUAGUGUCCUUAGGACUUAAUAGGGAGAAACAAUGGACAAGAGAUCAAGUGGAAAAACUUACGGGUCUAGUGAAUGAACAAACUGGUCUGCUAAAUCAGAACUUCUCAGAGCUUAAAAACGAACUCAAAGAUGACAAAGAAGAAAUGGAAAGCAAUCUAGAAGUGAUCAAUGCAAAAAUUGAUGACACAAUCCAAACAAAAAUUAGCAAACUGGACGAAAUAAUCACAAAUAAUGUGAAAGAUAUGAACGAAGUGUCUCUAAAGAGUGACACCACAGAGAAGUUGAUAAGUGCCCAGCAGAGAGAAAUAGAAACUUUAAAAGAAACUCAAGCUAAACUUUUAAAUGUUUUAAUUUCUGCAAAAUUGAUAAACUAUGACUAUACAUGCCCAUCGGACUGGACAAAAUAUUUAUCGUAUUGUUAUUUGUAUGUGAAUGAGAUAAAAACGUUCAGUGAAGCUCGUGUCCAUUGUAAGCGUCUAGGAGCAACCUUGUCCGACAGUGAAAAUGAAGCAGAGAAUAUUUUUUUCGAUAUGUUAGAAAGAAGUCAUCGUCAUGUAUGGAUCGGUUAUUCUGACGAGAAGGAGGAGGGUACUUGGAUAUCAGAAAGAACUGGUCAACCUGCAUCAUUCACAAAGUUUACAACCGGUCAACCCAAUGGAGGUACUAGACAGAAUUGUGCUUUUAUGGAAAGCUCCGGCGAUCUAUGGUUUGACACUACAUGUUACAACAGUUUCCGUUUUAUUUGUAAAAAAGAUGUCAAGAUGGAUAUUAAGUUUUGAACAUCAGUACAUAUGUUUGAUUCAAGGCUAAGGCUUAUUGAACCUUUUUGGUCAUUAAAAAGCUUUUUUAGUUUAACUUAUUGUACAGUUAUAACAUGUAUGACUUAAUAAUCUUGCUAGUCUGAAUCAACGUAAAAAUAUAACUUGUAUGACUAAAUUAUAAUACCAGUUUCAAUCAUUGUACAACUUUUAGCACUGAAUUUUAUAAUCUUAGUCUGUAACAUUGUGCAAUAAUAACUUGUAUGACUAAAUUAUAAUACCAGUUUCAAUCAUUGUACAACUUUUAGCACUGAAUU